CAAUCUGAAUUUAUUUUGAAAUUUAAAAGAUCUAAAAUUAGUUUAUUUGAAUUAAUAAUCUUUAUGCUAUUCAAAUAUACUAAAAUAUAAGAAUAUAAUAUUUGAUAUUAACUUUUUUCUCUUUCAUUUCAGUUUGAUACAUCGUCAAAGGUGACUUCUGAGACUAGAGCCGAUGCACGCAGAAGCUUGUUCGCAGUCAAGCGUCUAGCUGAAGAUGAUCUUUCUAACGAUACUCCAUGCUCGAAAAAGAUGCGUCAAAUAGAGAAUGAUUUAGCUACAUUAACUACUCAGAAUGUCAUUACGGCAGUAGAACGUCUCGAAUCUCGUUAUUUGGUAGCCGAUGGAUCACGUGACUACAUUCUACCUUCAGUACAAGGAAAACAUGGCGACCUCAAAUCCAUCACACCGGAAACAAUGGCAAAAGUGUUGAACGGUCAUUACAGUGACAAGAUUGGGAAAGUCACAAUCGUAGAUUGCAGGUACCCGUACGAAUUUGAUGGCGGACACAUCCGAGGCGCUGUCAACUUGUACACAAAAGAUGACGUCAACAGUCUUCUCCAGUCACGUGACGUGACAGAAAAACCACACAUUCUUAUAUUUCACUGUGAAUUCUCAUCUGAAAGAGGUCCAAAAAUGUAUCGUUUUCUAAGAAGCCAGGAUCGUGAAUUGAAUAAGGAACAUUAUCCAAAACUAAACUUUCCGGAAGUCUAUUUACUUGAUGGCGGUUACAAAGCUUUCUUCACAUCACAAAAGCAAUGUUGCGAACCUGCCAGUUACAAGCCGAUGCUGCACGAAGAUCACGCAGCUGAUUUACGUCACUUCCGGGUAAAGUCUAAAUCAUGGACGGAAGGUGACAAACAGAAGACUAGCAAACGUCAGCAUAGUCGACUAAAUCGUCAUCUUAGUUUCUAAACAUUUGAAUUAUCUUGUUGUUUCCCUAGUGCUAAUGUUAUUUGUUAUUUUUGUCACAUUUGAAUUAUUUGUUGUGUUUUUGUUAUGUAUAUAUAGUGGAUAAUAAACUGAAAAUAUAAAUUAUGCUAUUCCUUUUUCCUUAACAACAAGAACUUGUUUAAACGCUUUCAAGGCAGUUCGAUUGAUCACCCAUUUUCCAGUAUGAUGUUUUUUAGCAUUAUAUUUAUAAAGAUUAUAAGUAUGACGUAUAACGACAUACCGAUGGGCGAAAUACUUUAUGUUUGAAUAAUUAUAGUUUUCAUACUUGCCAGAAUAUUCUUCAUGAAUAUCAGUUAGUUAAAAACAAAUCUGUUACCUUUUGAAAAUUGAUGUGUAAAACUAUUUAGAGCACAUGUCAAUGAACAUACAUUCAUACAUAAUAUAUAUAUAAGUCAUGGAUAUGUUAUGAGACAUAUAUGAUAUACGGAAUCCAUUUUAAGGGUCAUGUGUCGCAAUUGGAUAUCGACAUUGUAUUUCACUAUUAAGUGCAUGAGUUAAUUGAGUACAUUUAUUUUGAAACAAUUUAUUUUGCACGAUUCUUUUUUAUCACACGAAAUCACGUGCAUUUUUAUCAAAUGCAUAACACAUCAGCAUGCUUGUUAAUAUUGACUAUAUGCACCUUUCGUGUAUUUAAAUGCUUAAUAAAUGUUGUUGUAUUAAAACGAUUGGAAAAUUUGUUAAAG